UCGCUGGGGGCUGCGGGAGACACUCCCGUGCCAAUAUGGCGGCGCCUACGUGGGGCGCGUCCGUUUGCUUCGAGUUUUGGCCGGGGCGGGGGUCUGGGCUUUAGGCAGGGAGUAUUUAGUUUCACCAUGUUUGGGGACCUAUUUGAAGAGGAUUAUUCCAGUGUGUCAUAUAAUCAGUAUGGAAAAGGGAAGAAAUUAAAGACCAAAGCUUUGGAACCACCUGCUCCUAGAGAAUUCACCAAUUUAAGCGGAAUCAGAAAUCAGGGUGGAACCUGUUACCUUAAUUCCCUUCUUCAGACUCUUCAUUUCACACCUGAAUUCAGAGAAGCUUUAUUUUCUCUUGGCCCGGAAGAGCUUGGUUCUUUAGAGGAAAAGGAUAAACCUGAUGCAAAGGUUCGAAUCAUACCUUUACAGUUACAGCGGUUGUUUGCUCAGCUUCUGCUCUUAGACCAGGAAGCUGCCUCCACAGCGGACCUCACUGACAGCUUUGGGUGGACCAGCAAUGAGGAAAUGAGGCAACAUGAUGUGCAGGAACUGAAUCGAAUUCUCUUUAGUGCUUUGGAAACUUCAUUAGUUGGGACCUCCGGCCACGACCUCAUCAAUCGUCUCUAUCACGGAACCAUUGUUAACCAGAUUGUUUGUAAAGAAUGUAAGAAUGUCAGUGAAAAGCAGGAAGAUUUCUUAGAUCUAACCGUAGCGGUCAAAAACGUAUCAGGUUUGGAAGAGGCACUCUGGAACAUGUAUGUAGAAGAGGAAGUUUUUGACUCUGACAAUUUGUACCACUGUGGGACUUGUGACAGGCUGGUGAAAGCCGCAAAGUCGGCCAAAUUACGUAAGCUGCCUCCCUUUCUUACUGUUUCAUUGUUAAGAUUUAAUUUUGAUUUUGUGAAGUGUGAACGAUACAAGGAAACUAGCUGUUACACAUUCCCUCUCCGGAUCAAUCUCAAGCCUUUUUGUGAACAGAGUGAACUGGAUGAGUUGGAAUACAUGUACGACCUCUUCUCGGUUAUCAUACACAAAGGGGGUUGCUACGGAGGCCAUUAUCAUGUGUACAUUAAAGACGUCGACUGUUUGGGAAACUGGCAGUUUCAAGAGGAAAAAAGUAAACCAGAUGUGAAUUUGAAAGAUCUUCAGAAUGAAGGAGAGAUUGAUGAUCCACUGAUGAUUCUAAAAGCAAUUUUAUUACAGGAGGAGAAUAAUCUAAUUCCUGUCGAUCAGCUCGGCCAGAAACUCUUGAAAAAGAUAGGGAUAUCUUGGAACAAGAAGUAUAGAAAACAGCAUGGACCACUGCGAAAGUUCUUACAGCUUCAUUCUCAGCUAUUUCUGCUCAGUUCAGAUGAAAGUACAGUUAGUCUAUUGAAGAACUGUUCUCUGCAGGCUGAGUUCAGUGUCCAAAGGAAUGAUCCGGAAGUUUUCAAGACACUUACUUCAGAAUCCCCAGGAUUAAAUGAUAGGACCUCCUGUCCUCACUGGUUUGAUAUAAAUGAUUCCAAAGUCCAACCCAUCAAGGAAAAGGAUAUUGAACAGCAAUUUCAGGGCAAAGAAAGUGCCUACAUGUUGUUUUACCGGAAAUCCCAGUUGCAGAGACCCCCUGAAGCUCGAGCUAAUCCAAGAUACAGGGUUCCAUGUCAUUUGCUAAAUGAAAUGGAUGCAGCCAACAUUGAACUGCAAAGAAAAAGGGCAGAAUAUGAUUCUACAAACAAUGAUUUUGAAUUGCAUCUCCACGUGGGCCCUCAUUAUCAUUUCUUCAAUGGGGCUUUGCACCCAGUCUCUCAAACAGAAAGUGUGUGGGAUUUAACCUUUGAUAAAAGAAAAACAUUAGGAGAUCUUCGACAAUCAGUAUUUCAGCUGUUAGACUUUUGGGAAGGAGACAUGGUUCUUAGUAUUGCAAAGUGUUUACCAGCAGGACUUCACGUCUACCAGACACUUGAUGGAGAUGACCUGACACUGUGUGAAAUGGAAAUUACUGAUGAGGAAGACAUCUUUGUAUGGAAUGGAGUGGAGGUUGGUGGAAUCCAGAUUCCAACUGGUAGUGACUGUGAACCUCUGCUUUUAAAUGUUCUUCAUCUAGCAACAAGCGGUGAAGGAGAAAAGUGUCAGCAGCUGACAGAAUCUCCACAGGUCUUUCCAUCUAAUGCAGAAGUAGGCUCUGUCUUCACAGCCUUAGCAAUCCCAGUAGGUGCCAUCUUUCUCAGCAGCACUGAAUGCACAGAUGAGGGCUGGACUGCCAUUCCCCAGGAAGGCUGGAGGAAGACAUUCAGAGAGCAAGGCCUCACGAACGGAAGCUCGGUUCUGAUCCAAGAUUCCAGUAACAAUAAUAACAGUUUGUUGACCAAACAAGGUGAAUGGAUCACAACUGUGAAUGAGACCGACUGGAUCCAAGUUAAAAAUUUAUGCCAAUCAGAAUCUGAAGAGGAGCUCGUUCAAAUACCAGCAACUGCUAACACAGUGGUGUUUGAUGUUCGAAUUAAAGCCAUAAAGGAAUUAAAAUUAAUGAAGGAACUAGCUGAGAACAGUUGUUUGAGGCCUAUUGAUAGAGACGGGAAGCUUCUUUGUCCAGUGCCAGACAAUUAUACUUUGAAAGAAGCAGAAUUGAGCACGGGGAGUUCAUUGGGACUGUGUCCUGGAAAAGCCCCGACUUCCUCUCAGCUGUUCCUGUUUUUCGCUGUGGGGAGUGACAUUCAGCCUGGGACAGAGAUGGAGAUUAUAGUAGAAGAAACGAUAACUGUUAGAGAUUGUUUAAAGAUAAUGCUGGAGAACUCUGGCCUUCCUGGAGACACGUGGCAUUUACGAAAAAUGGAUUGGUGCUAUGAAGCUGGGGAGCCUUUACGUGAAGAAGAUGCAACUCUGAAAGAGCUUAUGAUAUGUUCUGGAGAUACUUUGCUUUUAAUUGAAGGAAAACUUCCUCCUCCGGGUUUCCUGAAGGUGCCCAUCUGGUGGUACCAGCCUCGCGGCUGCGCAGGCCCAUGGAGGAGUCACCAGGACCAGACGAACGGUCCCCCUCCCCAAGGCGGGGUCUGGGGAGCCACUGCCACCCAAGGAGCUCCUGGCGACACAUAUGCAGAAGCUUCCCUCUGCUACUUGGGAGACAUUGAAAUCUCAGAAGACGCCACGUUGGCCGAGCUGAAGUCUCAGGCCAUGACCUUGCCGUCCUUCUCAGAAUUUUUCAUCCCAUCCCCAGCCUUCCUCAGAGCCUGGACAGUGGAAAGCAAGCGCCCCAGCAGGCUUUUACGAAUCAACCAGCAGCAGCUCAGGGAAUAUAAACUGGGAAGGAGAACUGAGAUCUGCUUAGAGCCCCUUCAGAAAGAAGAAAACUUAGGCCCCCAGGACGUGCUGCUGAGGACACAGAGGCGUCUCCCCGGAGAGAGGGCGUACGGGCCACCUGUGGACUUGGUGUGGGACACGGCCCGAGGCUGGACCACGGACGCCCUGCGGCGGCGGGUGGCUGACUGCUGUUCCCUUCCGGUGGAAAAGAUCGGAAUCGCCAAAUACUUUCCUGAGAAGUUUGAGUGGCUUCCAGUAUCUAGCUGGAGCCAGCAAACUACCAAGAGGAAAAAGAAGAAAAAGCAAGAGAAUUUGCAAGGGGCGCCUUAUUACUUGAAAGAUGGAGACACUAUUGGCAUUAAGAAUCUGCUGGUUGAAGAUGACGGUGAUUUCAGUACAGUCAGAGAUGACGCUGGAAAAGAGAAACAGAAACAACUGGCCCUGGGAAGAAAGAAAAGCCAGGAAGCUCUUCGUGGGCAGAGCAGCAGCGUUGUCUCCGGUGCAGAGUCGCCUGGCCGGCCCCACAGACCAGAAGCUUCUCUCUCCAUCCACGUUGGGAGUUUCAGGUAGCGCUGGCGGCUACGGGUAGCGGGGCCCCUGCACCCGCCUCAGCUCCUCGUGGGCCCCCGUGGGCGGCUUCCUGCCUCGUGCAGACCCAGACGCCAAGGCGUCCACUUUAUCACCAGUUAAGGGACACAGCAGGUCCCCCGGGGGCCAGCACAGACCUGGCCACGGCCUCCAGGCGCCCGUCAGAUGCCGCCCUCGCACCACACCUGCCCCCAACCUCCGUGUUUAUCAGGAAAGUCACUACUUUGCAUUAACUGCAGCCAUGGAUGGCACGGCAUGUGGCAACCUACCGCUUACAAUGGACUCUUGUCUACACUGUUCAGUGCUGCGGUCUCUGCAUUAACCAGGCUCUGGCCGCUCGGCUCACUGAUGGCUGUGACGUAGAGAGGGUGGUCUGUGUCCUGGUCCCCACUGACGGUCCCCCUGUGGUCUGCGUGAGCACAGAUUCCGAAGCGUUAGCUGUCUGCCCGGAAGGAGCAGGCGGACGGGACACCCUCAGCUCAGGACACGCUGCUGGAAACAAGGACAUUCUCGCUGCUGUGGCAGCUGCUGCCGGGCGGGGACGCAGGGUCACGGGGGACAAGCCGGGCGCAGGCCAAGCUGGUCACCCAAGUGGCCUCGAUGAAAACAGAAGGAAAAUGGGAGCUCAGAUUGUUUGCCUCGCAUGUCAGCGUGGGACCCGUCAGACUUCAAAGAUCUCCCGGGCGGUUCCGGCAAGUGCAGCGGCAGCAGUUGACUUCCGACUGGCCGGACCUGUUCUAGGCGGAAGCGGGCGCCCUGAGGACACAGUACGUCCGUGCCUUUCGCCUGCACCGGGGCUGGGCGGCGACUCCUGCUGAGAACGGUGGGCCCUGCCGGCACGUGGAGAGCAGCCGGCGCGCCGUGCGGGAGGAGGUGCGGAGCCUGG